CGAGCUCUAGCUAGAGAUGCUGGUGUCUGAUUGUAAUUUGGGUAGUCUCAUGCAGCCCCAGCUAUGCACUGACAAUCGAAUUGCAGAUCUUGCGGCUGCCGCUGCUGUGAGAGAGACGUGUUCUCUAACCACCUCUGUUUCCUGCUCAGAAACGAAACAACACCCUGAAGAGACUGAGAGCACAGAGCCUGCUGAGAGCCUUCUGGUGACCUCACACCGCUUCUGAAGAGUACCACUAAUACCAGCUCUAUCAGUGCCUGCUGGUUCCGACCCGGUUCUGUUAACCCGCAGGACGUCACCCGUUCACUCCCCUUGAAGCCACAGAACGAGAGGCCGGCUGGCAGCAACACGAACCUUCAUGAAACCCACCAUGAAGAAAGCAGCGUCUCUGCUGCUGGCUCUGUUCAUUGCCGUGUGUUCAGAUCUGGUGAGCAGUCAAGGAGGAGAGGGAGAAGAUCAAACAGGUUCUGUCGAUGUGUCUGGCACCUCCGUCACUCUCACGUGCCCUUUAACAGGCACUGUGUCUGACCCAGGUUCUACUACAUGGCAAUACAAAGAAGAAGAAAAAAAAAUACCAGAUACAGAUGGUAAAACUCAGAUAACGUUACAAACAUACAACAGCACAAACAAUGGCCUCUAUAAAUGCUCUAAUGGAAACGAUCACUAUCAUUUUUACGUCAAAGUGAAGGUGUGUGAGAGCUGUGUGGAGGUGGAAGUGGUGCCAAUGAUUGGAAUCAUCUUUGCAGACCUGCUGGUGACUGCGGGUGUCGCUAUACUGGUGUACUACUGGGCUCAGAACCGCAAGGGGGCAUCUGCCAUGGCACCAGCACGCCCGGGCCGUCAGAAUCGCGCCCCCCCAGUCCCUAACCCUGACUACGAGCCGAUCCGCACUGGUAACAGAGAGGUUUACAGCGGACUGAACAAGAGAACAUAAAGUCCUUUAACCUGCCGGCUCGGAGACCUGGACCGCUCUGGAGAGACGAUGAAGAGAGAUGGGAAAGAGUGCUUAUCCACCAAUCAGCCUUCAUUUUUCAUGAUAGCUUUUCUCUUUCCGUUGUAAAUGUCCACCUUGCUGUAUUUUCUGAUGAAUUGCUUGUUUUAUUUUUGCAUUUUGGAUGUGUGUUAUUUUGUUCUUCGUUUUUGUUAAGGUAACUGUAAACAGUUUUAUAAAACGCAGACUUCUGUCAUUUAAAAAAAAAAAAUCAAGAAACUCCAAAUUAGAUCUGUAACAUGAAGAAACGCUCUGUUGUAAAUGUAUCAAAAAAUGAAUCUAUGAAAGAGUGGAAACACAUCUCAUCAAACAGCAAUAAUAUUUAUCUCUUUGACUGUUGAUUCUCAGCUCUGCGGUGCUUCGUGGAAACAACGCAUCUCUCAUGACUCUCAUGAAACUGCUGUUUGUGUACCAACCUUUUAGAAGAUAGUUUCCAUCUGGAACAAAUGAAUAAAAUACUGUGUUUGCAAAA